AUGAACAAGGAUGUACUGACUCUACUCCGGACGCCUGCUGCAACUCCGAGCCUCGAGCGCGUACCUGUCCGUACGUACCAGCGACAGUCUGGUUUUCUCCAGACACAAUUAUCCAAACCGGCCAAUCAAAUUAAAGGGCGGCGCAGACGUGCUCUCGCUCAGGCCACUCUGGAGCCUGCCUCGUUGGCACUCGGAAGCCUGCCGCGGCGACAUCGGACGUAAGCCCUCCUCUGGCAGCCAAAUUUCUUCAACCUAUUUUCCGUUUAUGAUUGGCAGAAUACAGUGCUUUCUCAGCUGGCCUCUAGUUUCUCCUCCACCCAUCCCUGAUCAGGUCUGAAGUCGUACGGCUAUCAGCCAAUGGCAAAAGCUGCAGUCGACGAAAUCGACUCGGUACUGCCAGAAUUGACUGA